CAAAAACUUUUUAUAAAUAAUAACACAGAAUUAAUUAGAAUUUUUAACUAUAAUACUAUGCAGAAAUAUGAAAAAUUAGAGAAGAUAGGUGAAGGAACUUAUGGUACAGUAUUUAAAGCAAAAAAUAGAGAAACUCACGAAAUAGUUGCGUUAAAAAGAGUACGUUUAGAUGAUGAUGAUGAAGGAGUACCAUCGUCAGCUUUAAGAGAAAUUUGUCUUUUAAAAGAAUUAAAACACAAAAAUAUAGUACGACUUUACGAUGUUUUACACAGCGAUAAAAAGCUUACUUUAGUAUUCGAACAUUGCGACCAAGAUUUAAAGAAAUACUUUGAUAGUUUAAAUGGAGAUAUUGAUUCCGAUGUGGUUAAAUCGUUUAUGUAUCAAUUAUUAAGAGGUCUUGCUUUUUGUCAUAGUCAUAAUGUCUUGCAUAGAGAUUUAAAACCUCAAAAUUUAUUAAUUAAUAAAAACGGUGAGUUGAAACUGGCAGAUUUUGGAUUAGCUAGAGCAUUUGGAAUUCCUGUAAAAUGUUACUCAGCUGAGGUGGUUACUUUGUGGUAUCGACCGCCUGAUGUGUUAUUUGGAGCUAAAUUAUACACAACUUCCAUUGAUAUGUGGAGUGCGGGUUGUAUUUUUGCUGAAUUAACUAAUGCCGGACGUCCUUUGUAUCCAGGAGCUGAUGUUGAUGACCAAUUAAGAAGGAUUUUUAGGAUGUUGGGGACUCCUACUGAUGAAACUUGGCCGGGAAUGUCUAGUUUACCUGAUUAUAAACCUUAUCCUUUGUAUCAACCAAAUUUAAGUUUAUUACAGGUUGUGCCAAAAUUGGGAAAUCGAGGGCGCGAUUUAUUACAAAGACUAUUAGUUUGUAAUCCAACUCAAAGAAUGUCUGCAGAAGAUGCUAUGCAACAUGCUUAUUUUAGUGAUUUAAAUAUUAAUAUUAAAAAUGAUAGGUGUUAAA